AUGGUACUGACUACGCCACUCCUCCCCUCGAGUAUCCCUCUCCUCCCCCUGCCCCCUCCCCAAGUACUCUACCCCUUCCUCCGCACCACCUUCCACCUCUCACAGCACCAGCUCGAUACCGUCCUCGACGCAUUGCUAGGCCCCGAAGAUCAAGGCGGGGAUGAGGAGGUUGCUGUUGUGAGGGGGAGAAUUGUUGCGGCUGUGCCUGUUGGGGAUGGAGAUUCGAGAGUAGGCAGAUGGGCUUGUGCUGCAAGGGUCAAAGCUGUGGAGAGGGAUGGCGACGCGUAUAGGAUGGUGGUUGAAGGUAUAGCUCGUAUCUAUCUACCGCGCUCCCUUCCCCCGACCUUAUCAAUCCUCCCCGGCUCCCCCAUCACCUAUUCCGACUAUUCCAUCCCCCUCCCAUCCCCCACCCCAAUCACAGCCAGCCUCCUCCCAUACGCCAAACGCCUCCUACCAUCUCAAGUCCACCAAAGACUCUCCGCUAUCCCGCCCCCGCUGAUGGCGGACCUGCUGGUGACGGUGCUGCAGGUGGAAUGGAAGACGAGGGUGGAGUUGCUUGGGGUACCGGAUGGGGAUGCGAGGGUGGAGAAAGUGAGGGAUUUGAUGAAGGAUAUGCUGUUGGAGAGGGGGAUGGCAAUACCGGUUGGGGAAGGUCAGUCAAGGGAAGACGUCAAGCGGAUUCCUGUGGUCACGUCCCGGCCUCCUCCCGCCCAGCGAGCGUCUUCGUCCACAGCAGAAGACGACGAGUUGGCCCCUCUCAGCCGUCUUUUCCAAUCACGUCAAUCCGAGCUCUCCCACCUCGCAUCUUCGACCCUGGCAAGAGAGCUCAAAAGGCUCAAGGGGAUAAUGCCAAUGUCGCCAGAGUAUGGGGUGGUAAAGACGUAUGUGGAGUGGUUGUUGGCGUUGCCGUGGGAGAGAGUUGAUGAAGUGGAUGUGAUGAGCUUGGAGGCGGCGAGGGAGAAGUUGGAUGAAGAUCAUGAGGGGCUUAGGGAUGUGAAGAGAAGGGUUGUGGAGUAUCUUGCUGUUUAUCGGCUGAAACGACAAUUGUUUCUGGAACAGAAGCAAGCCGCUAUCAAGGAGUCGCUUGAGAUUAAAGAGAACGUCGCCUCUCCCGUCAAUGUCAGCGAUGAACGAAAAGUCGAACUUCUACCCUCAUCCGAACAAAGCUCUGCCUCCUCUACGCCUACUCCGACCCAUACACAUGCCAGUAGUCUAGCCGUAAAAGACAACGAGGACGGUCCACCAAACGAUACAUACAGAGACAAGGGUCCCAUCCUCCUACUAGUCGGUCCUCCCGGUGUCGGCAAGACAUCUAUAGCCCGCUCCAUAGCCGCCUCCCUAGGCCGCAAAUUCCACCGAAUCUCCCUCGGCGGUGUGCGGGACGAAGCAGAGAUCAGAGGUCAUCGGAGGACGUAUGUGGGUGCGUUGCCGGGGGCGUUGGUGCAGGCGAUGAAGAAGGUUGGGGUGGCUAAUCCGGUUAUUCUUUUGGAUGAGGUUGAUAAAAUGGGGACGUCGAAUUAUAAUGGGGAUCCUUCGGCGGCGUUACUUGAAGCGCUCGAUCCGGCUCAGAACUGGGCUUUCCACGACCACUAUCUCGGCGACGUCCCAAUCGACCUCUCCCGAGUCCUCUUCAUUGCCACAGCCAACGACCUUAAACCCAUCUCCCACCCCCUUCUCGACAGAUGCGAAAUCAUCCCUUGCCCCGGGUACCUCCCUUCCGAGAAAAUCAGCAUUGCGCUGAAACAUCUGCUGCCUAGGCAGAUUGAAGAAGCGGGCUUGCCGGAGGGAGGGGUGGUAAUGGGGGAGGAGGUGGUGGGGCGGUUGGUGGAGGGGUGGACGUGGGAGAGUGGGGUGAGGGGGUUGGAGAGGGGACUGGGGGGUGUUUGUAGGGGUAAGGCUGUGGAGUGGAGUAAACAUCGAGAGGGAGGUGGUGAGAGGUAUGAGAGGAGGGUGGGGGAAGAGGAUUUGGAGAGGUAUUUGGGGCCAUCGGAGAAUGAGGUUGAGGAGGUGGAAGAGAUGAAGCCUGGAAUUGUCAACGGCUUGACGUACGAUUCAUCUGGAAAUGGUGGAGUACUCGUGCUCGAAACGGUGGCUGUCCCGGGAGGAAAGGGAGAGCUGGAAGUGACGGGGCAGUUGGGAGAAGUCUUUAGAGAGAGUGUGGGCCUUUGUCUGACUUGGGUGAAAGCGCAUGCGGUGGGUCUUGGAAUACCGACGUCAAAGUUCAAGAGUACAGAUAUCCAUUAUCAUGCCCCGGCAGGCGCUAUCAAGAAAGACGGUCCCUCCGCCGGUGUCGGUACCGUACUGGCGCUCGUUAGUCUUUUGACAGAUCGACCAAUGCCGAGGGGGACGGCGGUGACGGGGGAGAUGAGUUUGAGGGGGCGGGUGUUGAGAGUUGGGGGGAUUCGGGAGAAGGUUACGGGGGCUUUUAGGAUGGGGAUGACGAGGGUGAUACUGCCAAGGUCGAAUCAACCGGAUGUGGAGAGGGAUGUACCGGAGGAUGUGAAGAAGAAGAUCAAGUUCGAUUAUGUUGGGAGCAUGGAAGAGGCGUUGGAGACUGUUUGGGGAAAGGGGAUCUGGGCUGGGGAAGAUGGAGGCGAGCGAGGGCGGAGGAUGGUAGGGGAAGGGCUGGAGGCGAGGUUGUAA